UGUGGAUGUCAGAAGAGAGCUGUAUGUGUGAUAAAUGUCACAUGCAUUAUGUAUUUUGUGAAAAUUUGCUUGUUGUUUUCUUAUAUGAAUCAAUGUUGAGCGGAUAGAAAAACCAAAGAAGAGAAAAUCAAAUAAAACUUCAGUAAAUAAUAUUCAUAAAGAAUGGAAACGAGUGAACAACCGCCGAAUGAUGAUGUCACCGCCCGUCGAGAGGCACGUCGUCGCAGAAUUUUGGAAAAUUCCAAAAGCCGCCUGACACGAAUCACUGGCCGAGAGCAUACUGAUGAAGAUGACAAAAAGAAAGCAGAUGAUGAGUCAAAGACACAACCAACGGAACCAAUGAUAUAUCCAGACCCAGAAAUAGAAAGAGACGUGUAUAUACCACAGUCAGCGCCACCAUUCCCCCCAGAACUCUUCGCUGAUGUCAAUGGAAUGGGUGGUUCAUUCGAUGAUCAAAAACAGUUUUUCGAACUGCUCAACACGCUUCAGCAACAGAGUGGCGGAUCAACAGGCGCUGGUGCAAGCAAUUUCGCUGCAUUUGCACAGUUUGGCAAUGCUGAUGGCGGUGGGCCAAAUCCAUUUUUUGCCAAUCUCACUACAAAUGAAAGCCCCAAAGUGCCUGAAACUCGAUUACAAAAAUUUCUCAACACGAAAAUUCACAUCGGGCUUUUGGCAAUCCUAACAUAUUUGUUUAUUUUGUACACACCGUUCCAUUGGAAUGUGUUUCUAGUCUUUCUCGUAUGGGAGAUUGCCGAAAUAUUCAUACUAGGCCAACAUGAAACAAACCCAAAUGGCAUAAUCAAUGUGUUGUUCAUGCUGGCUGGCAUAUCACCGGCCAAAGUGAACAUUGCCUUGAAGUGGAUUCAGUUGUUGAACAAAGUUUUGCGUGACGUAGCAUUGUUUAUGUUCUUUUUCGUACUGAGUCAUUUGUGCCGGGCGUCGUGGAAUGGAUUCAGCCUGGUGCCAUUGGUUGAGAACAGUGACCAAAGUACCGGGAUCCUGGACAAAAUCGAUGAUAGUGCCGAUGAUGUAUUCGAACAUUUUGAUUUAUAAAAUUUAAUAGUUCAGUCGCGCAUUUUUGUUGUUCCGCAUCACUCAUGAUAAUGAGUUUGUUUGUUUAAAUUGGAUUUUGGUACUUAAUAAAUUACAAUCUAAAGGAAAAACCAUCAUUCAUGACAUUGUAUUCAUAUUUAACUGUCUUAUUGCGAACGCCAUGUGUUCACCUAUCCUAUUCCAACAUAUCAAAUUAAUCCCAAGAAAAUCUUUUGAAAUCGAUAAUUUUUUCAACAAAUUUUUGUUCAACAGAUUGUGUAUCUAAUGAUUGAUUUGAUUGUAGCAUAAAUAUCAAUAAAAAAAAUGUUUUCUUCUCUGCAAAUUAUCAUCUAAAUAUAUCAACUGAUUCACA